CAUUCGUACAUGUCAAGUUAUUGUAUGGGGGAAAGUGCCACGCCAGAACCAGUUUAGCUACUUUCUCCUGUUUUUAUUAGUCUAUAUAGCUAUGUAUUUAAAAAGGAACAAAUAGAGGCGUAUUGGUGUCCAGAAAGGCAACGUUGAUUCCACAGUUGUGAAAAAAGGCCGAGAAUGAAGUGCCUGAAAGUGGAAGAUUAUGUCAAGCGCACAGCUUGUCCGAAUGAAACGCGCAUUCUCUGCCGUGAACUCGAGAGCUAUGUGCAGAGUGGCUCUGGAGCCCAGGGCAGGACGCUGUGUGACCGGGUGAUCAGAGCCUGCAACCAGCAGCUGGGCGCGGGGUCUGUGUGUCCGGAGCGCCUGGACUGCCUCAUGGGUCUGGUGAAGGUGGCGGUCCACGGCUAUGAGACCAGCCGGGUGUCGGGGCUGCAGAGUGACCCCCUCUACAUGGAGAAGAUCCUCUUCCACAUCCUGAAGAAAGUGGCUGCCCUUGGCUCCCAGACCUGGUGCCAGUUCAUGGGGGACUUGCUUUAUGACAGACUGGCCCUGGCUGCAGUGUCGGCGGAGCGCCACCUGCUGUCUCGCAGCAGUUUUGCGGAGCUGUGGGCGGAGCGGCCGGGGCCCGGCGCGGGCGAGACUCGGCCCUCCCCCGAACAGCGGCUCGCCGUCCAGCUGAGGGCCCUGCGCUUCCUGCCCCUGCUGGAGGGGGGCGCCCAAGGGCCGGCCAAGGUCGCCAAGCACGCCGAGGAGGCGGUGGGCAAGUACGCCAAGGCCUGCGGGCCGCUGCGGGAGGAGGGGGCCCGGAGCCUGCUGCAGCUGCUCCGACAGCAUCUCCCAGGGCUGCGGCUCCCAGGGCCGGGGCCGCAGCCGGGGCCCGCGCUGUGCCAGGUCUCCCUGCGCGUCUGCCGGCUCCUGGGGGAGGCGGGCCUCUGGGACCUGGCCGCAGAGCACCUGCAGAGGGACACCGGCUGGAUGAGCGGGCCGCCCUACCUGGCGCUGGUGCUGGAGCUGGCCCGCCGGGCCGCAGGCCUCCACAGCGCCCCCCAGGGGCAGUGCGGGGCGGCGCUGAGCGAGUGCGCCCGCCGCCUCCGCGCCCUGCCCGCCGAGCUGGGGCACCAGGAGAGGCACGCAGUCCUGCAGGCCUGCCAGCUGCUCACCUGGGCCCUGGAGCUGGCCCAGCCGGGGCCCCUGGGGGCCCCCACCCUCCUGGCCUGGUUCUCCUUCCUGGAGGAGUACCAGGAGCUGCUGGAGAAACACAUUCAGAUGUCCACAGGGGGGCAGGCGGAGCAGAAACGCUACCUGCAGCAGACUCUGUGUUGCAGUCUGCAGAAGAGCCUGGUGGAUGCUUACGACAGCCUGGCCGCCUCACAGUUGGAGGGGGCAGAGGCGAUGGAGCGGGUGCUGUUGUUCUGCCAGGCCACAUCUGGCAGGUUACUGAGUGCCUUGCGUGAGCUUCCUGCUGCCAGUACCUUCGCCAUGGCCGCCUGUGCCGUUAACAGCCUGGUCUGUGGGCUGUACAACCGCAGACUGUACGAGCCGGCCUUCUCUCUGGCCGAGAUGCUGUGCCAGGAACUGUGGAAGAACCGCCACCCCUCCCUGCCGGUGGAGAAGUUGAACCGGGCCUUCAUGCUGGCUGUGCAGUGCUCCCGGAAAGGCGGGCAGCUGGAGAGGGCCCUGGACUGGGUGCUGCGCUGGCUGCAGGCCCUGGGGGACCGGGUCCUGGAGCACAUGGCCGAGCCCGUCUCUCUGUGGGUGAAGACCAAGGCGGACGCCACCCGGGCGGGGCAGGAGGACACGCGCCUCAGGACGCUGCGGGACGGCCUGGGGCAGCACGCCCUCGGGGAGGAGGUGAUGAUGAGCCUCCUGGAGGAGGAGCUGCGGGCGUACCGCUCCGCUGCGGGGGACACGGCCCAGGAGCGCUACAACGUGCUCUGCGACCUGCUGGAGCUCUGCCCCGAGGGCGGCGCCCGCGCCCUGCCCCGCGCCCUCUACCUCUGCCUCAUGGCCCAGGUCGUCUGCUUCCAGGACUUCAGCGAGCAGACCGACUGUUCGGCGGUGGACUUCACUCAGGAAGCCCUGCGGCUGCUGGAGGAGGAGCCAGAGACCACGGAGAAUGCUGAUAGGCUGAAAGACCACAAGGCGCAGGCCUUGCUGUGGUUCUACAUCUGCACUCUGGAGAAGAACCUGCAGGAGGCUAAGGAGAGGGAGCAGAGGCUGGCUGCAGCGCAGGAGCAGUCCGGGAGUCUGGAGCCCUUGGGGACCAACGACCUGGAUUACGAGGAGAAGCAGAAACGGCAGGACAGCCUGCAGGUGUACGAGAGCCUGCGCUUCAACCUGCUGGCCCAGAGCAAGCAGUGUGCGUCUCUGGACCGGGCCCUGGAGCUGUGGAGGGGCCUGCUGGCUGCGGGCUCCAGGCCGGCUGUGAGUAGCAGCAGGCAGACGUGCUCUUCCAUCGCGCUCAUGGGGGCCCUGUACAAGCUCAUGGGGAAGCCGCUGCAGGCUCUGGAGAGUCACCGCCUGGCUGCCGCUCUCUCCCGCGGGGCCGGAGACGCCCAGGGCUGUGCCAGCAACCUGUGCCACACCGCCCUGCUGCUCCUGGAGCUCGGGGCCCCCGACCUGGCACAGACGCAGCUGGAGCAGGCGGAGCAGCUGCUGCAGCCGGGCAGCUCAGAGGGGCCGACGCCUCUGCACGUGCAGGCCGUUCUCCUGAGGGCCCGACUCUGCCACUGCACCGGCCAGGUGGAGUCGGGCGUCUCGCUCCUGGCCCAGGUGCUGAAGGAGGUGGGGGAGCACCGGCAGUCUAAGGUCUGGUACCUGUUGCGCGCGCGGGCCCUGCAGAUGGCCAGCUCCUACCUCUGCCUGGAUGCGUCUGCGCUGCCCCAACACCUCCGGCAGAGGAUCUCCCAUCACGGGUUGAAGACGGCCGGCGCAGCUCUGGACGAGAGCCUGAAGCUGCUGUGCAGUCUGGUGGUGUCGCUGGUGGGCAACGGCUACUACGGAGCCAACAGCGUCGGCGUGGACACGCAGUUUGUUGAUCAAGGGGACAACGUGCUGCUGAAGUGGCAGCUGCUGUCGGAGGUGCUGAGCUGUUCCCUGGCGGUGGUGUCCCUCAGGAGCCACUGCGGGGCCGUCCUGGAGGCCAAGGGACGCUGCCUGGAGGCCCUCAAGCUGGCCACCAAACUGCAGACCCUCAGCCAGUGUGCAGAGCUGCUGGUGGUGAAGGCGGAGCUUGAGCUGCAGAGGGCGGAGCUAGACCAGAGUGGGAUGGACCUGGAGCAGGUGAAGGGGCUCCUCGAGCUGUGCACUGAUUUCAGCAGCACAGAGAGAAAAGGCGGGCCGAAGAUUAAGGUGCAGAAGGGCCGGCUGCCGCAGAAGACGGCCGUCCCCACGGGGCCCCCGGACGAGGACGACUACAGCGGCCUCCUGCGCACGCGGGCCUUCCCCCGGCAGCCCGUGGAGCCGGCCCGGGACUGGGCCCUGUCGGCCUCGCCCCCGCUGAAGACCCGGCCCGCGCGCUGGCUGUCCUCCCUGGCCCACGCGCCCGCCUGCCCCUGCCCCUGCUGCGCCGACCCCUGGCUGGGGCGCGUGGUGGUGCGCUGGGCGGCCGCCCAGGCCGAGCUCACCCGCCGGCUGCCCCAGGAGGGGGCCUGCAGACGCAGCCACCGGCUGCUCCUGGCUGCCCUGUCCCGCUCCGGGGCCGCCGCGGCCCGGCUGGGCCCCCGGCUGCUGGAGCUGACCGGGGCCGGCCCGGGAACGCCGCCGUCGCUGCCCUCCUUCCUCCACGACCUCACCGCCCGAAUAUACCUGCGCAUGGCCCUCUCCAGCCUGGAGCCGCGGGCGGAGAACGGCCGCGACGCCUGGGACCUGCUGGAGUCGGGCCUGGCGUUCGUGGGGUCGCAGAGCGCCCCCGAGCUGGCGGUGGUUCGGGCCGGCCUGCAGGCCGCCAAGGCCCUGGCCUCCAUCCUCGCCCUGGCCUCCAAGCGCGGCUGCCGCCCCGAGGAGCUCUUCUCCCCCCUCUGGACGUGGAACCCUCUGGCCUCGCCGAAACCCAAAACCAAAUCGAAGAAGACCAAAGAACCCGACGCACAGGAGACCAAGGAACCCAACGCACAGGAGACUGAAGAACCCAAAAAACAAGAGGCCAAGGAACCCAACGCUCAAGAGACCAAGAAAGCCAGAGAACCGGCCCCCGGUAGCACCGCGGUGCCCAAGCUGAAGGUCACGUUCUCCGGUAAGGGCAAAGCCACCAAGGCCAGAGCCCUCAAGCCGGCUUGCACCCCUCGGGGCGAAGCCAGGGCUUUCGACUUUGACGAAGAGGUGCCCCAGAUUGCCGCUUGCACUCCCGUGCUGAAGGUCCGGGUCCCGCGUCCAGCUCGGUCCGGGGUGGCGAAGCCGGGCCCUAAAAUCCAGUUCCAAGUGUACGACGAGUCUUCCCCCACGCAGGACAAACCGCGCCCCGUGCCUGCCGCUCCCAAGCGAAGCAAGAGAUCCCGCUUCAAGGUGGAGUUCAGCGAUGAGAGUGAUGUGGAGGCCGAGGCCCCAGUGUCAGCUGCUCCCACACGCCAGCUCCCAAAAACCACCUCCAGGCCCUGCGCCCGCACCCCGGCCCAAACGCCCGCCCCCCGCAAGCCCGGCCGGCCCAAGAAGAGCACGGCCCUCCCCCCCGACUCCGGGUCCUCCGCAGAGGACAAGGCCCCGCCUCGCUCUGCCCCCAGGAGGGGCCGGCCCCGAAAGCCCACGGCCUCCCCCGCCGCCGGGGAGGAGGAGCCCGAGAGGAUGAGGAGCAUUCGGGAGGAGGCGCAGCAGGAGCAGGGGGAGGAGUGCAGCGUGGAGGAGCUGCGGACGUCAGACACGGAGCCAGCCGGAGCACAGGGUGGUCUACAGGAUCUCCCGAACACGGAUUUUGAAGUGCUAAGGAGGGAGCCAUUGCUACAUCAACCGAUCGAGGGCUUUGGAGAAAUUAGGAGUGGGGGGCUCUCUGCCACCCUGACUGCCCACUCCACUUACCCUAACACAGGGCCAGGCGGGCUGUCUCUGGAUGAGGUGCGGUGUCUCCUCCAGGGGGCGCUGCUGUCCCUGCAGCACCUGCCCCCUCCCGGCCUGUACCCCGGGCUGUGUGGGCUCCUGGCCCUGUGCCUGGGGCAGACGGACCCCCUCACCACCGCCAUGCUGCACGCCCAGUCCCUGGGCCUCACCGCCCGGCACCACAUGACCCGCCACCUCUCCUGCAGGCUCGGGAAGCUGAGGAAGGCUGCGGCCCCCGAUCUGACCACCAGGCUGAGGGGUCUGAGUUUGGACGACCCCGCCGCUCUGUCGCCCCUGCAGCAGCGUCUGGCCCGGCUGGAGGCCAUCUUCUCCUUCCCCUGCGUCGAGCCCGAGGCCUUCCCACAGCGGCUGGGCCAGGUGUUCACUCAGCAGCUGCAGGCCAUUGCAUCAGGUGUGACCGUUUGCCUUCUCUCUGUGGUCAGAGGGCAGUUUGGGGAAAUGGGAGACAUGAUUCUGCUGACCCGUUUGGAGAGGGGAUCACCCCCAAUCACUGUGCGCAUUCCCUCUGCCCAGUGUGAGAGCCCUGUAAGCGCUGUGCUCCAGGAGAUGGAAAGCGUGCAGAAGCAGCAGAAGGAGUUGAGCAGCGUGGCUGACAAAGCGCAGUGGUGGGAGGGCCGGAGAGCGCUGGACCAGAGGAUGGAGAGGCUGCUGGAGGACAUGAGGGAGAUUUUAGGCUGCUGGCAGGGCCUCCUGCUUCCCCUGACCUCUGACCCUGAGCUCCCCACCCACGCCCAGGCCCUCCUCCAGACUCUAAUGGGGUACGGAGCGCAGACCACCGAGGAAACACUCAAGGCUGUGCUGUCCGCUUCCCCUCUCCUCUCUGCUCGCGACCUGCUCUCUCUGGCCGGCGGCCUGUGCCCGGGCCGGGUGGAGGAGGCUCUGGCUGCCCUGCAGGGGGCCGCGUCCGCCCUGAAGGACCGCACGGAGCCCAAGGGCCACGUGGUCCUGGUGCUCGACAAGUAUCUCCAGAAGCUUCCGUGGGAGAACAUCUCGUGCCUGAGAUCCCGGGCGGUCACCCGAAUGCCGUCCCUACACUUCCUGCUGGGCCACUGUGAGCUGAGAGAGUCGGACCCGGAGUCGGUUCUGACGGGCGGUGUGGAUCCGCAGCGGGUGUACUACGUGCUCAACCCGGACGCCAACCUGCAGGACACAGAGGGGCGCUUCAAGGACUGGUUCACCAGUGAGUCUGCCUGGCAGGGUGUGUGUGGAGCUCCUCCUUCUCCAGACCAGCUCCAGCAAGCUGUGGCCACAAAGGAUCUCUACAUCUACGUGGGCCACGGGGCCGGGGCCCGCUUCCUGGACAGCCGCAGGCUCCAGAGCCAGGAGCUCCACGCUGCCGCCCUGCUGUUCGGCUGCAGCAGCGCCGCUCUGGCUGUCCACGGGGAUCUGGAAGGGUCCGGCAUCAUACUCAACUACCUGAUGGCCGGCUGCCCGCUGGUUCUGGGUAACCUGUGGGACGUGACGGACCGGGACAUCGACCGCUUCACCAAGGCUCUGCUGCAGUCCUGGCUGGGCGCCGGCCCCGGGGCGCCUCUCCUGGACCACAUGGCCUCCUCGCGCCAGGCCACGUACCUCAAGCACCUGAUCGGGGCCGCCCCGGUGGUGUACGGCCUGCCCGUCUCGCUCAAAUAGGGCCCCGCCCUCCUCUGAAUGACCCCCUCCCUCCUCUGAAUGACCCCCUCCCCGAGCACGGACACCCUCCCCUAGCACGGACACCCUCCCCGAGGACGGACGCCCAUGAGUUUCAGCGAUUUCUCCAAUCAAAGCAGGGUGUAACUAAUGGCCAAUGAUGACUGUUAAUGCAAAUGUAAACGCCUUUGUUUGACUUUUCAAGGCUAUGAAUAAGUCUACAUAAAGCAAUGUGGCAAGCAAUACAUAGCCAGGUGUGUUCUUUUUUGACGACUGAAAAAGGCCAUACUGUGUUUUCCCGUAGUUAAUCUGAUUCUGUCGUCCAUUUUAUCAUUCUGUUGCUCCUCCAGAAGAUGGAAUUAAUGCUUACAUUUGUAAAUGAGUUUUAUAAAAAUUGUAUGCUACUUUUUUCUCUUUCUUUUUACGCUUUUUAAAACCUCAUAGUCCCUGCGGUUCAAUUUGUUUUUAAACUGAUUGAGAAUUUAUUUGCUGAUUGCACACAUUUUAUAAUGUACAUUAAUGUAUUAAUAAACUCUUGUAUUAAAUACCGAA